AUGUCACGACGGACUCAAAUCAUCGAGGAGUUCGACGACGAUACAGACUUACCUCUACCGUCUCAGCCUCUUCCGAACACUGGCACGAGCGGGCCAUUACUGCAGGAGAUCGACAUCUCCGACGACGAGAUAGAAUAUGCAUCUCGUCCAGGCCCAGCGUCACCAUCGAGGCCACAACGAGGGGAAUCAUCAGAGACCCCAGAGUCCAAGAACACCGUAACGGACAUCACACCCUACAAGGCUUGGACGUGCAUCUAUCCUAUCUACCUGGAUGCGAAGCGUCCAUAUACAACUGGAGAAAGAAGGGUGAAGAGAGAGAAGGCGCUAUGGUGGCCACUCAGCAAGGACAUUGCUGAAGCCGCCAAUCGCCUCGGCUUGGGUACGCUGCAUGAAGUGAACAAGUCUCACCCGAGGGAUUGGGAAAAUCCUGGCCGUGUUCGAGUUCUGUGGAAGAAGGACGGUCGGCUCAUGAACCCGAUCGUUAAGACAAAGAAAGUGCUUCUCGAAAUGAUCUCAAUGCAAAUCCAGCACCUGAAACCCGAGAAUAUACCAAAGUCACCAUACGUCUACUCGCCAGCGGCUGCAACCGCCCCAGCCAAUCUCACUUCCACUGCCCCGUCGUCUAAGAAGGGUAAACAACCACUAUUAUCCAAAUCCAAAUCCCCGAGCGUACCGCUACAGCCGCAGAAAGACUCAGAGCCUAAGCGCCGACGUCUUCUUCCCAUACCGCCCGAGCCGCUGUUGCCUUUGGCCACCAGGGUAUCACCGUACUCCCCCGCAUUGUCGACCGGUGUUUUGAUAGAAGCAGUCAAAGCCGGUAUGAACGCACAGGAAGGGUUACCUGGCGCCGCGCCUGGUACCCCAAGUCUCCCUGGUGGAGCACAAAAGGGUAAGAGAAAGGUCGUCAGAGUCAGAGGGUGA